AUGAAGGGAAUGCUUGCGUCCAAGACUCGCGUCACGCUGACGUUGCUGAUUCCGUUUGAGCUGGCAAGCGAGAUGCUUGUGGUGAAGCCGUCGGUGAAGGCGCUUCUGGUGUUUCUGCGGAAGAAGCUGUCGGACAACGCUCUGGACGGUGUGGCGUUUCAGGAGCUAAUCCCGAUGUACCUGUCCAAGAUCCACUUCAGUCGACUUCAGGUCACGCUUCCCUCGGCCGACGACGCGGAAGUAGUCCACCAGCACCGCGUGCAGCACAUCGUUGGGACCACAAAGCACCAUUUCGGCUGGCAGCACCCGGUCAACCGCUCGUUCCUGAAGGCGAAGAGCGACCUGCCGGAAGGGGAGGAAGUUCUACUCAAGGGGGUUCCUGCGGAGAUUACGCUUCUCAUUCUUUACGAGUUGUUGGUGGUCGCGAAGUGGCAGAAGCGCGGUCAAUUGGCGUUUCUGCAAGGAGCAGGUUUUCAUCGCGUGGCUGAUCCAGUCUCUGGCUUGGACACGGACAAGAUCCGUGGUCUGGUGCUUCCACAUCCCGGCAACAAAUACCAUUGGCGUCAUCUGGUUGAGGAUCCGCUCAGCUACGCGACGUUCCUGGUGCACUUUCCAUCACUAUCCUGCUGCUACUGCCAGGGUCAGCAUAUGGAUAAGUUGCAUAAUGGAUACGUGCGUGAGCAUCGCAACAGCAUCGCCAAGUGGAACUUGUCGCUAGCGGCACUGGGUGCGGCUGGCAUUGCGACUCGUGCGAGCAAGGCGAAGCAUAGUCUGCAGGCGGCGAAGAAGCUGUAUGGGAUUCGGGCGGAGACGGCAAAGGCGAAGUGA